CUUGUCAGGUGACUGCUCCUGUGAUUUCUCUGUCUCCACCCUCAUUCUCAUCACCGGGAAGAAAUAGGCGGAGAAAGAUCGAGAUGCACGCCCCUGCUGCAGGUGCCCAGAUCUUCCAAGGCGAUGUGGGGAAGGAGGAGGAUCAAGAGCAGCAGCCGAUUACAGUGAGUGUUCGAGGACUAAGAGGAGGAGGGAAAGGGACGUGGAAGCACGCAGCCUCCCACGUCGCGACGACCAUCGCCACACCGGCGGCUUACGCGCCUUUGCCCUUUGCAGUCGCCUCCCUCGGAUGGCCUCUUGGUGUCUGCAGUUUGGUUCUUGGAACGUUGACUACCUGGUAUUCCAGCUUACUUAUCGCUUCACUGUGGAAAUGGGACGGAGAAAAGCAUACCACAUACCGUCUUCUGGGACAGAGCAUAUACGGACGCUGGGGUUAUUGGUCUAUAACAGUAUUCCAGCAAAUUGCUUCUCUGGGCAAUAACAUCGCCAUCCAUAUCGCCGCUGGAAGCAGUCUCAAGGCGGUGUACAAGUACAAUUGGGACGGCGGCUUAACAUUGCAGGAUUUCAUCAUGUUCUUUGGGGCAUUUGAGCUGCUGCUGUCGCAACUCCCUGACAUCCACUCGUUACGGUGGGUGAAUGCGCUGUGCACCUUCAGCGCCAUAGGUUUCGCUGGAACGGCGAUUGGCGUGACUAUUUACAAUGGGAAAAAUAUGGAUCGGAAGUCAAUCAGCUAUGGGUUUCAAGGAAACUCCUCCUCUAGGGUUUUCAAAGCUUUUAAUGCUUUAGGAGUAAUUGCUUUCUCAUUCGGGGAUGCGAUGCUGCCCGAGAUACAGAAUACUAUCAGAGAACCUGCAAAGAAGAACAUGUACAAAGGUGUAUCAGCUGCAUACAGCAUCAUCGUUCUGUCUUACUGGCAACUGGCCUUCAGUGGUUAUUGGGCGUUUGGAUCCCAGGUUCAACCCUUCAUCUUAUCCUCCCUCACUAUUCCGGAAUGGACAAUAGUCAUGGCAAAUGUUUUUGCUGUGAUUCAAAUAUCAGGAUGCUUUCAGAUAUAUUGCAGGCCAACAUACGCAUACUUCGAGGAACGGAUGCUGUCCAAAGUUUCAAGUGAUGGCGUACGCCUUCGGAAUUGCUUGCGGAGACUGGCUUUCACUUCGGCUUACAUGGUUCUUGUCACUCUCGCUGCCGCCGCAAUGCCCUUCUUUGGAGAUUUUGUGUCCAUCUGUGGAGCUAUUGGAUUUACGCCUUUGGAUUUCGUCUUCCCGGCCUUGGCUUUUCUCAAAGCUGGAAGAAUGCCCAAGAACACGAAGCUCCGCCUUGUAGUGCAGGUACUGCAUCUGGCCAUUGCUGCAUGGUUCUCCAUAGUUGCAGUCGUUGGUUGCAUAGGUGCAGUAAGGUUCAUAGUGAUCGAUGUGAAGACCUAUAAGUUCUUUCAUGACAUGUGAUCUCUCACGGCGUUGAUUUCGCUUCUGCAUGCCUAGAGUCAGGUUUACCCUGAACUAAAUGUUGUAGUUCCUAGCGUUUGUUUCCAAGACAAUUAUUGAUUUCACAAGGACAUCAUACUUGUACUGAUUUCACAAGCAUCACACAGUUAAUUACUGUUGGAAAGAAUAGAAGACAAGAAGAAUUAUUGAAGAAUCUAUUUUAUAUUGAA